UGAGAUAAAUGUACUAAAUGGCAUUUCCUGUCUGUCGAUUCUAAAAAGUGUUUGUGUUUGUUUUUCUAAGUCAAAAUGCUUUCUGAAUUACCCCUUGAGUUGCUUGAUAAGGUGUUCGGAUACCUUAAAGAGAAAGACAAACUGAAUUUGGCCCAAGUCAACCAACAACUUGAAUCUGCAUUUGCACACCACGCUCGCGAAGCCUAUAAGAUGCUUCAGUGCGCCAAGUAUACAGUCCACCAACUAAAAACAAUUCUCACAAUAUGCGGCCCGACUGUUUCUUGCUUAAUUUCAAAUAGUUAUAGUCUCAAUUAUGCAACUUGUAAACUAAUAGCAAAGCAUUGUGUUAACCUCAAAAAUUUGACGCAAGUUGUUAGGAAUUUAAAUUUCGGCGCAUGCAAAUAUGUGCUGGCAAUAAAAGGACUCAAAAAUAUUACUUUAUUAUUUAACAUCUCAACGGACUAUGAAGAAUCGGACCUCCUUCAGUACAUUAAUGCAGACUGCAAAUUGUUGAGUGUACAAGACAUUUCAGACUAUCAGGCUCAGAAAUUACGAAAACUAGUUAACUUGGAAGAAUUGCACGUUGCUCCGAAAAACUAUAUUCGAAAUGUUUUUAAAAUCGUUUCAAAAAUGAAAAAACUUCGAGUCUUACAUCUGUAUAAUUACAAAGAAUGUUUUACAUCUCCAAAUCAAUAUGUUGAAUAUCCUGAGUUGGAAGAAUUCGAGUUGUAUAAUUGCCAAAUUUUCACAACGUUGCCAAAGUGUCCCAAACUCAAAUUUCUGAGAUUGAUGGUUCGUUCUUUUAUAGACUAUCGUGACAUUGAACGGUACGCAGCCUCACUGGAGCAUCUACAAUUGUAUUAUCACGGUAAUCUACACCAUGAUAUCUUCGCCUCAAUUUUGAUAAUUGUACUAAGAGAGUGUAAAAGGUUGCAUUAUCUGGAGGCAAAUUCAUGCACCAUAUACCAUGUAUUCUAUCAAAACCUAGACUCAUUUAUUGACACCUUAAGGACAAAUGGUUUUAGCAACGAGAGACGUUUUGAAUUGAAAGUGAACGGUUGCGUAAUGUCAAGCUUGAGGGACAAUUUCGCAGACUCCGAGGUGUGGAAUUUAAUUCGCUGUGAAGAAAUGUAAAAUUGUUGUCUGUACAUUUUACAUCACAAUUUAAUUGUAUAUAUUUGUAUUUUCACUCUUGGAAAUGCACACAAUAUGAUUCGGUCAUCUUUCUCACGGAGUUUAAACUGAACUUCAGUGCGCCCUUCCACUUCAUAAAUUCCUUGCAAAAUAAAUGGCGAACCCUUUGGCUAAGUGGCAAACAUCAAGGGGAUCAUAGUUGGGCGUUACAAAUGACGACGACAAAUUACACACACCAACUGCUUGUGUGUCUUCGGGUGCCUUUGGGUAUUUACAAGAAAUUUGCAAAAACAAUAUUG